AUGGAAGCGUUAAGACCUUCUGCUGAUAAUGUUCCAAGUAUCCUUCAGAAGUCUUCACCUCCGCUCGAUAACUCCGUUGUGCCACAACAACAACAACAACAACAACAACAACAACAACAACAACAACAACAAAACAAUGGCAAUGGUACGACUUCACAAAUUGGUUCCAAGAGCGCUUCGAAUCAUUCCAUUUCAACCUCGCUGACUUCUUCUUUCCUAACCCACCAAUCAACUAAUCCAACCUCUUUGAGCUCAGCAAAUUUGCACUCAUCAAUGUCAAGCAAUUUAAACACCAAUAAUGGUGCAAAUUUAACAGGUGUUCAGAGUUUGGGUGUCAAUUCCAAUUCACGAAAAAGUUAUGCUAAGCAAUUCAAAAAGCUAAAAUCCGAAUAUAAGAUGAUAGCUGGGGAACUAUCUAAGUUCAAAAACAAAUCAGGAAUACCAAAGGCAAACCAUCUACGAUUGGUGCUAAUCAAGUUUUUGAGAUCUCAAAAUGAUGAGAUAUUCUCCCAAAUUCCAGCGACAUAUUGCGUCAAAGCCGCUACUAUUGGUUGCAAAGUGUUACUAAAGUGGUGGAGUGCCAUCAUAAACGCUUUGACUGACACCAAGAAACCAAUCCCUGCUUCCCAAAAGUCUGCAUUUUAUGAAUGUAUCUCCAGAAUCUUGGCUCGUGCUGAAUGGAAGCUUGUUAUUGAUAAUGCUCAUAAUACUACGGAUUUGGAGAAUGACUAUACCAGCAAAUAUACCAGUUUAUUGACCAAAACUUUGGAUCACGCAAUAAAUCAGUUGAGUAAUAAAAAUAACUCCACCCUAUCGUUAUCGGCUUUUACUGGCAAAGUUUUUGCCACUAGUUUUUUCCACUUGAAGGGAGUUUCAAAUGCGUUAUUGUUUCUAUUAAAUGUUAGAAUCUCGUCUAUUUUAACAAAUUACGAUGUUUUUUUCAAGGAUGAGAAAAAUUUCAAUGAAAUUUCAAGCCUAUGUCAAAGUUCAGAUAAAUUCAGGUACAAGUUUCCGACGAAUGUUCACUCGUUCAUCCAAGUGGAGACUUUGACUUAUGGCAUGAAAUUGGAUCAUUUGAAUACUAAAUCUAAGAUGAGUAGAUUAUUUUCGAGUGAUAAUUUGGGUUGUAUCAAACUCGAUUUUGACACGAAGUUAAAUGAACAUUUAAGUAACAAUUUAUCAUCAUCAACAUCAUCAACAUCAACAUCACCAGCGCCAUCACCUCCGAAUGGUUUACUUGAUUCCAAUUCUGACUCUUCAGAACCUAAGGAUGAUGGGACUAUGAAUUCUCAAGUAUUAUUGCCCCUGCAUUCCUUAUCAAAAAUCAGUAAUAAAUCAAGUUCUCACCAAAGUGGCAGCACUGGCUCUUCAAUUUUUCAAAGUCCUUCUAGAGCCAACGGUAGUCCCCAAUUGAAUUCUCGACCAAUAUUAAAAUCCUCUCAUCCGCGCAGUAGGAAGUUCAAUUUCAAUGCAACUAAACCACCGAGGGCCCCAGUGGAAGGAAUUGCAGAUCCUCAAGGUCCGUGGGUAAAAAAAUGGAGUAAUUUCAAUAGUGAUGUGUUUAUUUCUUUUUUGAGACAUUAUCUCACCCAUAUCAGUGACUAUUUGGUAGAAACUAAUAAAAUUGGAAGUAUUUCCACAGCAGAACAUAUGAAAUUGAAAAUGGCUGAUCUCUUGCAUGAUCGUCAUUUGAAUAAUUUGAACUGCUUGAUUGUCACUCCAGGCUUCAAUAUUGUUUGGAGUCAUGUUUAUGAUAUCAUUACGUGGACUAUCAAGAAUAAUGCUUCUAAAAACGCUGGUAAUAGUAGCAAGAAGCACAAUAAUAAUUCUGGGCUUAGUAGUUCCAGUUCAAUAAGGUCCAAUGGAAGUAUGUUAUGGGGUCAAAAAUUCAAUGCGUCUGCUGAUGGAGGUAAUUUUGGAUCUAAUAACAAUAUGACAUUAAAUUUUUUCAAUUUAUCAUCAAUAUCAAGCCUAUCUUCGACAAAUGAUCACAGAAAAAAUACGAUUUUGCAUCCUAUUGCCAAAAUUUUCCUGAUUUUGAGAGACUUUUUGUAUAAUCCAAAGUCUACAAAUGAGAAACUUAUGGCAGGUUUGAUCAUUAACAACUUCGAUAAUUUAUUGAUUCGCUACGCUAAAGAAAUAUCUGCUUAUGAUUUUGCAAAAGCUGGGCCAAUGUUAGAUUUAGUCCAGGAAUUUGCCACUCAAGUUUGCUCAUGCCCUUCGUCCUCAGAUGCCAAUACUGGGAAUAUAGGGUCUGAUGGAACUUUUGUCAGCGGUUAUGAACUGAACAAUGAAAAUGAUUGGAAUUAUGUACACAGAAGCAGCAAUAAUUAUCUCAGGAGCUUGCACUUUGGCAAAUGUAUUAAUUGGGAGUUCUGGUUAAAUGCCGUCCAAAAUAUGUUGAUGACUGAGAGUAUCAACUCCCAAUUGAAAGCACUUGCCUUCUUAUUCAAUAUAUGGGACUUUAUUCCCGAUGAAAAUGCUGCGGCUGUUAAGGAUGAUGAGGGGAAGAAAUAUAAUCCAAAUUCGUUCUUUAAUGAAAGUUUAAAAUAUAACUGUGAUUGGAUCAAGAAUCCAAACUGCUCUCUCAAGUAUAACUUCUCGUGCUGGUUGGUGUCAUCAAAAAAUUGGAUGAAGUUUUUUUGCCAUUGGUUGCCAUUGGUUCGGUCAUAUUAUUUGAGAUUGAUUGUUUGGAGACUCCUUUCAAUGAAAUUGAAUUCUCACUCCAUUAUGAGCUCCGAUUUUUCAGGGACAAAUAGUGAUGGAACUAUGGAUGAUAGUUCAUCAAUGAUACUUGCUCGCCAAGGGUAUUCUUCAACAUCUUUGUUCUCGCAAAAUGGAAUUUCUUUUAACGCUUCCAGACCGAUUUCCAAAGCCGAGGGUUCUAACUCUCGUAACAUCAGUGGUCGAAUAAUUCACAAUAGCUUUAAUGACUCUUAUAUCAAUAAGGAAAAAAUCAAAAAAAUUGUGACGGAUCGCUUGAACUUAUCGUAUCAAAAAAUUAUAAAGAUUUCACAAUUCAGUUCUGUGGGUUACUAUUUGAUGCCAGACAUGAAUGGUUCAUGUCCUAUUGUGAGCAAAAGGUUUUCCAUAACGCCUAUCAAUUUUAAAAAUACUGAUGAGAAUUUUUUUGUUGACUCUAGUAUGAAUUUCUUAAAUGAUAAAUCUGCUAAUGGUGCUGAUAGCACCCAAUAUUGCUCGGAGAGGAACACACAACAAGACGAUGAAUUGGAUAAUAAACAAACCAAACAGACAAGCAAAAGUGGCACAGAUUAUGUGGAACCAACGGACCCCUCUUUUUUUGAUAACUUAGUGCCAUCUUUGAAUGGUGUGAUCAACAGCCGCCAAUCUCAGAGGCGUAAAAUUAGUCCGUUUGAAAUCUUCGAUGAUGCCGUAUACAGUAGUAGCGCGUAUUCUUUAAUGAUUAACAAUGAUGGGAACAAUGAUGGAAAUAAUAAUUGUGGCAACGACGAUGAUUUCAACACUUUGACGUCUAUCAAUACAAUGGUUACUAUAGAUAAUCCAUCAAAUGAAAACGGCGAAGAGAAGCCUGUGAAGUCAAAAUCUGUUGCGGCUGGUGAUAAAAAUGCCACUAAAAACUCUAUGAUGUCAAGGUCUUUUUCGAUUAGGAAUUCCAAGAGCAAAAGUUUCACCAACUUGAACCGAUCCAGCAUUACAUCCACCACUAACAUCAACACGAAUGGCACUAAUGUCAAGGAUAAUGGUAGUGGGAGAUUAUUUGGGUUCGCUAUGAAGUUAUUUAAGAAAUCUAAGAGUAGCUCCAAUAUCGUUAAUGAUUCCCAAGGACUUGGAUUGUCUUUCCAUAACCACGGAGAAGAAUUUCCUAAACUACCGGAUAAUAUAGACUUGCGGAGCUUUGAAACCGGAGCUGAAAAAUCUUUGGACCCUCUGAAGGAGAAAAAUAUUUCUGCAUCUACUGACAAGUCUACCUCUGUUUAUGCUGCAUUAGGCGACUCUAUUAUCGAUAAUACAGAUGCUUCUAGAGGAUAUCUUCUGGGUAGAAAGGAAAAAAGUGAUACAUCUUUGGUUACAAGAAGAAAGACCUUCGAUGGUAAAAAGUAUAACAACAAGAUAAUAAAUGAUGGAAGCAAGUCGGCAACAGAUUUCAAGAAAUUGAAUGAUCAAGCUAAUAAAACGAAGUCUUUGAUUCCUAUCUCCAAACCAUUAUCUGCUUCUGCUCCUAGGACCCCUAAAUCAAUUGUAUCGAGGUCAAGCUCAAAGGAUGAAAACCAUUCCAUCAAAAGUAAAGACGCGGACUCAUUCUUUGAUGAUGAUGAUUAUGACGAUGAAGAUGAAGAUGAUGACGAUGAUGAUAUUUCCUCAUUUGCUAGUUCCAAGAGAAAGUUAAGAAACAAAGCGUCAAUGAGAUCUUUGAAAAAUUUAACCAAUGGAACUAAAUUUGGAUCAGCUAAGAGAAAUGCUACAUCUACGUCGCUAAAAUCUAUGUCCUCUUCAAUGAUGAAUAGUGCUGCUGCAAAUGGAUCUGGUGGCAAAGCAAAAAGUGAUGGCUUAGAAUCGUUGCCUUUACCCCCAGAAUUUCAGAAUAGGGUUCCAGAAGUCCUGCGUCAAAUCUUCAAGUUUUCAUUAAUUUGGAAUGAUGAAUCAAUCAACUAUCAAUUGUAUGUAAUCAAUAAUUUACCCUUUGCUAGGUUUCAUAGUCCGACUUCUUAUGCCAAUUUCAAUGCCAAUAACAAGUUUCCACAUUAUCCAAGCUUGCCUUUCAGUCAAUCUAUGGGUAUUGGAUACUUACCAGCUGAUGAAGAGUACACAAAUGGUACCGAAAUUGAAACUGAAGGAUACAGUAGUGAUACUAGUAAUAGUGGUUCUAUUGUGGCUGAGCUUCUGGAAAACACUAAUGAAAACAGUAAACUUGUUGGUCAAUAUUUUGAUAGUACUAUCAAUGUGGGUAUGGAAUCGAAGAUUGAUUUAUCCAAUGGCCCAUUCAAUACGGAAGAUAGAUCAUUGCUGGUAAAUGAGACUUCUGUGACCACAUUUUUCACUUGUCACACCGAGGUUUCUCCUGAUGUCACAAACUCUACCUUAAUGCUUCUGAAUGAAGGAGAUCAUGAGGGCAUCGAUCAUAUGAUUUCAAAGAGUUUUGCAUUACCUGAUGAUCAAUCUUUCGCAGAUCAUGAUGCUUCAAAUAUUGUUUCUUCCCUAGGCGCUAACCUUAACGAAGUCAAAGAUUCUUCCAUGAUACCAAGAUCACAUGAAGAUAUGAAGCCCAAGGAAUUACAAAGACUACAUAGAGAACGUAGUUUUGCCAUGGAAACUUUGAGAAAAUGGGGCAUUGUGGGAAAAUCUUUGAAUGAAUGGAAUAAUGUUGUCAAAGAAUAUGAAGACUUUAUCAGGACCCGAAGAAUGGCUAUGGAAAAACAAAAAUUUUUGAGCAUUCACAAUGAUGAAGUCUAUGCUAAUGACUUCCUAGGAAUAGAUUUUGUCCCAUUGUUAAUUGCAGAAGCCCCAGUUCCAAAGAUUAACGCUUCAUGA